CCAGCCAUGACCAUCAACAUGAAGAGGUGCCUUAGCGCAAGCAUCCUGCUGAUGCUUUCGCUCGAGGGACCCCUCCUCGUCGCCGGCAACCCCUCCGCCGCUGCCACCAUUCGCCUCCCCAGCGACACCCAAGUAGCACCGGCGCCGGCAAGGCCGUGGAAGUGCUGCGACCUGGCGCCGUGCACCAGGUCGAUCCCGCCGAUCUGCCACUGCGCCGACGAGGUGGAGCAGUGCGACGCCGCGUGCAAGGACUGCGUGCCGUCCACGGCGCACCCGUCCCUCUUCGUCUGCAAGGACCGGUACGUCGGCGACCCCGGGCCCAUCUGCCGGCCAUGGAAUUGCUGCGACCUCGCACCGUGCACCAGGUCCAUCCCGCCCAUCUGCCGCUGCCUCGACGAGGUGGACCAGUGCGCCGCCACCUGCAAGGACUGCGCAACCUCCACGUCGGACACUUCCCGCCACGUCUGCCAAGACGUGUUCCGUGGGUGGCCCGGGCCCAUGUGCACCAUUGAGCGUAGCAACGUCGGUAACUAGCUAGUAAUCACGCUCUGAAGGUCGCCGCCGUGGUUGAUCGCCCGAUCACCGCCGAUGACGGUGGUGCGCGUUGCUCUUCUGUCUUCUCGCUCAUGCGUGAAAAAAUAAAAUAAAGGUCGCCUCUUGCAGCAUGUAUGGUGGGUCAGGCAACUAUGAAUAAAGACAGAUGAAGUUCACGUGCA